AUGCCUGAAUAUCAAAGUUGGAAGUUUCCUAACAUUCCCACAGACUUGGGCGAAGACUUUUUCCAAAACGAUGAAAAAUUAGUUGUGGUUGGUGUAAUAGGAAAGUCGGCAUUUUCGGACUGUAAUAAAAUGGUAUCGCUAGGCAUUUUGGACAGUGAUCCUAGUAUGUUGGAACAUGAACCGAAAGAGGGCACCAUCCAAUUCUACUAUAAUCGUAAGAAGUCAAUACUCUUUUUACACUUUGAAACAACAUUUGAUACAGCAUGUAUGCAGGGAAUGCUCGAAGUUGAUAUAACUCGUAAUACUUAUGGUCAUUUUUUGUUAUUUAAUCAGCGCGUGCGUAACCGUUUUGGACGGAUGUUGCUUUUUGCAACACAGGUUUGUCACUUAAUAGUCUUUGUUGAGUUAAGUGUCACUUUCGAUGCGUCGUUGUUGUCGCUUUUCAGAGCUUUAAAAAUUAUAAGGGACAAAUACGUAUUAAAAUUCUUACCAAAACUCGUUAAAAAUUCGAGCACUGGUACAUUUUUGGGCAAAUCUGCGCGUCUGUGUACACCACGUAUACUAUUUAUCUUUGAAAACUACCCGGAUGGUUAUGAAAAAUCAUCUGAAUGCAUUUCUAAAUUAGAAUUUGAAGUGGAGGAUAGUAUUUACAAGAUGCUGCGUAAUGAAUUUAUCAUUACUAACAACAGCGCGAUGUCACUUUUUUCUAUCCCGAGCAAUAAGCGGUUUGUAUAUUAUAACACCGAUUCAUUGAUACGCAAAGAUCCCUUGAUAAAAUCAAUAUCACUCCUACAAACCUUCUUACAAAAAUGUAAUUUUAAAGAAGAAGAAGAUGAUCUUGAAGAUUUGAGACCAUUCAAGGGAUUUGGAAAACCAUUAAUACAAUGCAAUACAGAACAUAAACAACAUACGGUCAACGAAACCCAUCGCAAAAAACGUAAUUUUAUGGAUUUGCUAAUGGAUCAUGUCGAUGAGGCACUUGAAAUGGGUUUUGAUGAUAGCUCAACUAAAUUUAAAGGCAAGAAUCACUUUGUGAUACUUUCAACUAAAGAAUGGUACGAUACUUUCAAAAUGUUGCAUAAAAUUUUCAUCGAAAAUCCAGAUAAUCCGAAAUUCGAGGCCAACGAUUUAGAUUAUAAAUCAUAUUUGGAAAGUUUCAAUAAAAUAAUGGACAUAGAUGAUGAAUUUUUUAACGCUUGUUGUGAUAUUGGUUUACAAAAAGCGUUUGCUAUGUACAACAAUCCAGCAUUGACACAUUACAGCAAUACAGUACAUAAAAAAUUGGUUGACGAAGCUGUUACUUUAUAUAUGAAGUAUGCUCGAGGUACUCGAACUGCUGUAAACGAAAAUAAACUUCGAGAAAUGUGUGAGCGAUGUUGGCGAAAUGGUAAACAACAAUGUGAAGUUCCCAGUUUACGCGGUAACCCCUGCAUACUACCCAAACACAUUGUUAAGGAACUUUCAGAGCACAGUAGUGCACAUGUAUUCAUCUCUACCUGUAAUUGUGGUAGAACGCAAGGCAGACGUGAAGAUCCCUAUACCAUUAGGCACGCUAAUUAUGAAUUCUAUCAAUACAUGGCAAAUAAUUGUAAUUUAUGUGCUAAAGUGAAACAAGUGCAUUUUCCUGUUUUUGAACCUUCUAUUAAUGAUUACAGGGCUGCAGAAUUCGAAAUUGCCUUCCCCAAACUAUCGAUACAAGACUCAAUCGAUUUAGUUCAGGAUCAUAAUUUACCCUCUCCUAAAUCCGUUGCCUCAGAUGAGUGUUCUCAGCCACUUACUGCAUCGCAAGGCACACAUACCAAUCUCAGUUUAGUUUCCACUGAUGAACUGAAUAAAAUUGGUGUUGAUGCUGAUAUACCAAGCUCAGAUGAGUCGCUAAAUGAAUUAAUAAUACAAGUAAAGGAUAAAAAUACACAAAAAGCUGAGGAUAGGGAACGUAGUAUUUACAGGCAACCAUCUACAACAGAAUAUUUACCUGGUAUGGUGCAUACUGAGUCUCCUCCAGGUUUGCUUCCGCGUUUUCCUAGCUGGUCGCUAGUUUGUGUAGGACCCAGUUCCGUUUACAGUCACAACACAGGAUUAUUGGAGCACUUUCAAAGUGGAUUUCUUUCGGGUGCUAAUUUUUUGCUUCCGUGGGAUGUGCAUGUACGGCUGGAGCAUUCAGCUUCUUGGGCAUAUGAAAAAACCCGUAUUCGAAAAAUGGGUGAAGUACACAUUUUGAAGAUAUUUGUUGGAUGUGAGUAUGAGUGCCCCCGUGGGCAUAGAUUUAUGAUGAGUUCGGCGGACAAGAUUUUGCGAGGUGGUUCAGGCAUUUUACGCGACAGUGGAAGCAAAGUCGUCUAUAAUAAUAUGCCCUUAUAUUUUCCAUGCCCUUGUCGAUCACAUAAAGCAGAUGUGGCACAAUUAAUGCGUGUUCACGUGGUAACACCUAAGGCACCUGUGAAUGUAAUUCUAGAUCCGAAGGUGCGAACUGGCGAGCGAGAAUAUAUAUUCAGUAUGGGGAUGCCAAAUCCGCCAAGGUUAACUCAAAGCGCUUAUUGGAUUCUACGUCUUCCAUACACAUAUCAAGGAGACGAAGGACCAAUAACUCCUCCAAAUGAAAUAACAACUGCUAACGCUCUUAGUUACGGAUGCCUAUUGGCCGGUAUGUUUGGAGUCAGUGAAACGGAAUUAGAUGACUGAGAUACAUACAUAUAUACAUUUUUAUUUAAAUUUAAACAAAUAUUUUUAUUAUGCAAAGCCAGAUAUUUUAUAAAAUACAUGAUAAAUACAAUGUCAGAUUUCAA